AUGCGUCAUGAAAGCCCUAUCAGAGACAACCCUCCUUACUGGCCUGGAGGUGUUCCGCAGCAGGUUCAGUGUCAUCCGAGCCCCGUUUCUGAUGACCAGUUGCAAUCUGAAAUUCAAGGCUGGCUUCAGUUUCUGGAGGAGAGUGCCGUUACGAGACCAGCUGGCCAUCCCCCUGACGACCAGUUCGAAUUACAGCAACGCCGUGAUCUGAUGCUCAGAUGGAUCGCCAUGACCCAACAAGAACGUGAUGCCUACUAUGUCAAGUCUCAACCUCGCAAAAGAUGGAAGCCGCCCCCUGCGUGCUUCAAAGCACCGGCUUGGGAGGACGACACGCUUGUCACGGAGCUGACUGUCAACUGUUUGGCACCGCAGCCCAUGAGCGCACGGAAUCGUGCCAUGUGGACCAAGAUCCGCAUCUUAUUGUAUCACUUCGACGGCGAGGACGGCCCCGUGAUCGACGAUGGCAAGGCGGCCGUGUGCAUCCCCAACCCAGCCCUCGGCCCAGGGUCGUCUUUGACCACGAUGCAGGCGUUUCUGAUGUGGAGAUACGUCGAAAAUGCCAAUUUCAAACGUAUGGCCAUGACCAGCACUGGCACCGUGGUCUUCCCUUCAUACGGAGGCCGCGGGCCGCUGCUCCUGGCUGACCAGCAGGCUUUGGACACAGGUCUCCUGCUGCUGUGUGAGUGUGCCAACAAUGGCCUGAUGGAGGCACAUGCACGUGUUCGGCCUGAUGAGAUGUACGAGCUGUGGAAUCUCAUCGACCCGUACGUCCUGAACAAGUCGAUUGCGGAGCUGGUGACGAUGCGUGGUGGUUCGGAAUCUGAUGGAGCAUUGAACAUGGAACAACCAAUCCUUGAUAUCUUGGAGAAAUGCAUGUCAGAGCUCAGGGGUGGCAUUGACGAGUGGAUGGACGAUAUCGAGAGGUAUGCGCCAGGAUAUUUGGACAUGGAGGCAGCAGGAAAUGGCCAGGCACCUGACUACGACUGUACCAAGUUGAGAGGCUCGGACGAGCUGGCUGAAAUACCAAGGGAGGAGUUCGAUAACUCCAAGGCAUGA